AUGGAAACCCUAUCGAAUCUACCCGGACUUCCCGCCAUGACUUAUGGUUUGUUAGCGAUUGGCAUCGCAUUUGUAGUGGGACGGUUGGGAACUGUAUUACAAGCUUCGUAUGCAUUGUCGGGCUCUAUCACUGGUCCUCUUCUGUCUAUGUUUUGUUUGGGAAUAUUCUUUCCGUGUGUCAACGCUAUUGGUGCUAUUUCUGGACUAGUAUCUGGGAUUGGAGUUUGUCUAGUCAUCACAACCGGCACAAUCAUAUACCCCCGACCCAAGGGGUUUCAACUGCCCGUAUCGGUCACAUCUUGUCCGCCAGAUAUUAUUUCUCAAUUAUGCAGUGGUUAUAAGUUAGGUAUUUGGGAACAGAGUUUCACGUCUAACUCUGUUCCCAAAUACCUGUCACUGACUAACUGUUUGGUUCUGAGAAGACCUGGAUGUCUGCCGCACAGAGACAGUAUUCAGUUCACUACGAGCCACAAUGCCAUCCAAAAGGGAGACCAUUCGCAGAUGAGUCCACUCGUGCACUACUUGUGUCCGGGUUGUAUCAAAUCAGAGGACUUCAAAGAAUCAAACUUAGAGGAAUUGAGAUCUCAACCCAUUGUCAUACAAGUGAAUCAAAGCAAAGAAAGUGGGAAUAUUCACAACAAUCCAUUGAGUGGUCAACACUUGCAAUAUAUAGACAACACUAGCUUUUCGGAUAAAGAUCUAUAA